UUAAUCACUGACGGUAAUUUUCUGCGCAUGCGCAAUUUACUGCAGUGAAAACAAACUCUCCUGGAGCAGUCAUUUUAACCUAGCGAAGCUGGAGUGAACACAUAGAAGUUUUUAAAAUGCCAAAUAGUUGUGCUGCUUUUGGUUGUUCAAACCAUAAUUUAAUGGAAAAUAAACCUGGAUUCUACAGAUUUCCGAAUAACAACCCAGAACGAAGAAAAAUGUGGAUAAGUGCAUGUAAAAGGAAAAACAAAGAUGGUACUGCUGACUGGAACCCAACUGGAAAAAAUGUUUAUCUCUGUGGGAAACAUUUUACAACUGGGAAACCAGUAAAAGAUCCUGCACAUCCUGACUACAUACCAACUAUAUUUGUGUAUACACAAAAUGAUUCAGAAAAAAACAAGAAGAAAAUAGAAAGAUUCGAGUCAGCCAAAAAAAGAAGCCUAGCAAAAGCAAGAACACCCGUCGCACCAAAAAAACAGCGUACCUUAAAUUUUGUUUCACCAGGAAAGCCACCAUUACAGCAAAGUAACACAUUUAUUUCACCACCACUAUCACCAUGUUCUAGUACUACAUCUCUGAUGUCACCACUGCCAGAAAUGCCUGAAAUGGAAGUAGACUUUUCGCUUUCUUCACAAACACAACAGGGGCGGAUCUAGCAAAUUUUAUUUGUA